AUGCGGAGAGGCGGGGCCAGAAGGAGCGGUCCUGAGAGCGCGGGGUAAGCGAGGGGGCGGGGCCUCGCCCUAUUGAAACGGCGCUGGGAAAUAAUAGUGGAAUAAAAAGGGGGCGUGGCCACCUCGGCAAGAGGCCGGCGCGGGGGCGUGGCCUCCCGCGAGCAGAGAAGGGUGAGGCGGCAUGGGGGGCGGGGCCUUCCGCGAGUAGGGACGCUGCCGUGGUAGCGGCUGCGGUGCGCGAAAGCUCCUUUCCGAAGCCGGUGAGUGGCGGUUGCUCCUGAGGGGAACGAGAUGAUGGGGGGGAGGGGAGAAAGAGAGCGCGGGGUGCUGACUUCAGGUUGGUUACCUCAGCGCGCCUGAGGGCGACUUGCCCGGAUGGAAGCGGGAGCAGGCGAAGCGAGGGAGCCGUUGUCUCGCUGAGGGGGCUCUUUGCCGUGGUCGGGAAUGCAAGGCGGCGGGGCGACGGCGGUGGUGGAGAAACGUGGCUGCCCAGUACCAUCUUCGCCUCGCCGUUCUGAGGCGCUGCGGCUCGGCCGGGGUGGAGGCGGCUCGGGCGGGCGAAGCGAGCGUGACCACCCGCUCUUUCUCUCCAGGCCUCUGCCUGCCCGUCCUUGCCGCAGCAUGUCAGUCAGAGAGCCCCCCUCGCCUGAUUCGCUCCGCCGCCGCUGCUGCGGGGGGCGAAUGAGGCCGCGAGCAGGUGCCCAGCGUGGCGGGCGGAGGCGCAUCCAUCGACGCCACCGUCCCUUUGGCUUCUCGGGCUCGCGUCAUACCAGGGAUGCUGGGAGUCGGGCAGGGUGGGAAUGCGAAGCGAGGGUCUUUCUCAGCCCCUCCAAACCUUGGGGGGGGGGAGUAUUCUGAGCUUAGCAGAUAUCGCCUGCCUCUUUUCUUCUGAAGCUACUUCGCUUCCACAGCAUUGGAGGUAAAGGUGAUGGGCGUAGACGGCGGUCACUCAGGGACCGCGACGCUUCAAGUGCUGGGAAAGAGUACCGUGCUCGUGUAGCCAAGCCUGGCCUUGCCAGUUCGCCACAGUCCAGUGUAUUGAUACUGAUGAUGCCCACAGAGUGAGAAGGGGGACGUGCGGGCCUAGUGCCAUGUUUGCUGUGGCUUGUGGCUCUCAUUGUGGAAAAGUAAAAAAGAAUAAAAAGCUCCUGCUGGUUUAUUUUCUUUUUAAACCUUGGCACCUGCUUCUACCAGUAGGAGUAUGAAUUCUUUUCCCUGUGUCUCUUAGAAGGUGUUCAGUUUCAGCUGCUUUUGUGUGGUUCAGGGAGGGGUUAUAUUCAACACUUGGAAGAUUAUUAUUAGAACCCAAUGUAUUUAGCUUAGAGAUGGAUUCUUUCGGUUUUGUAAUUUGAGGCGCACAUAGAAAUCUGCAGUUGAUAUUCACUGUUUUACAAACUGCGACUUUGCUUUCAGUUGGCAAUUAGGGUGUCAUGCUAUUGCAUAAUUAUUAUUUGCUUGUUGGGUGGUGUAUAAUAGGCUAUUGUGAAAUCCAGCCCAUGUCACAGGGCUGUAUUCCUUCCUAAAAUAUGAAUGAUAUGCUUUUUUUUGUAUAUAUGAUUCCUAUGAAAUAGGAGCACUACACCAUGGAACAUUUGCAUACUCUAAAUACUUGGAUCCCUCUCUUCUUAGCAUUGCCAUAAUUUCCAAAGGUGAUAUGCAAAAUGGCCCCUCCCUCUCCAGUACUUGUCCCGAAUAUCUUAAAAUGAAGCCUGAAAUAAGGAGGAACAGAUGGAUGUGACAAAUGGUUGAAAGAAACACAAGGGGAGAGCAUGAUAGUACAGAACAAGAGAAACAGCUGUCAUAACACACCAGCUGCUGAACCAUUCUUGAGCAUUCUGUAAGCAUCAUGGUUGCUUUUAAACUGUAUGUAUACACACACACACACACACACACACACAGAAUUAGACAAAAUAAGUGAUUUCAUCUACACUCAGAUGUCACAAAUGAAUGCCUAAAUGAAACUAUGCCCCUUGCUUUUUAGUAUCAAGUAAUAAAAUUCAGUCCUACAUAAAAUAAAAAUGACAAGGUUGCAGCCUCCUACUCUAGCUCUUUAAUCUGAAGCUUUUUUUAAGUGCUAGGAGUGUUCUUUCUAUCCAUGCACCUAAUACUUGCAAGCUAUGUGGGGUCUAUUGGUGAUGCCCCUGUUUGGACUUCCGGAGGCGGCGCCAUCGGCAAUGGCGGAUUCCCUCUAGUAUUGAGGGAAUAGCUCCUCGGAAAUCGGGUCUUGCUGCUACGGCGAAGCGGGGACCCCCUCGAAAACCACAGGCGGGUGAAGCCUGUGACUGUGGGACUCGGUGGGCACCUUAAGCGCUCCCCCAAUUUGCAAGGGAACCCUGCGAGGGGCUCCGGAGCGAAACGGGGGUUUGACACGGUGCUGAGAGUGGAUCGCUACUUCCGUGGAGUGAAGCCGCGCAGCUGUUGCCGGAGAGCGCUGACCUCUUUUCCUGUGACAAUUCGGCUAUUAAACAACAACCCGUGAGUAGGUCAAGCUUUAAGAUUGGAUGCUAAAGGAAAAAGAAGGUCAAAUUUGGUACCGAAGCGGCAAGGUGCAAACAGGAAGUCCACCUUCCGUUUUGUAUAUAGAUCAAAGCAAAGACUGUUUAAGCUAAGACCGGGAGAGGUGCGCUAAAAGAUUCAAACCCAAACGUCAAAUAAAAAGAACUCCCUCCCUGAAUUGAGAGGGGAGGGAAGAAGGGAAAGUAUUUUCUGCCUGUUAAAAAAUAAAAAGGAGAAGGAAAAGAAGGAAAAAGGGAUAUAAGACCACCACUUAAUCCUUGGGAACGGAUUGCCAAGACUAAUAGAACUGUCGUUUUGAGAGCCGCACUAUUUAUGGACAAUGUAAUUCUUUGAUAGCCAACUCUGCAUGUGAGAUACUUUGGACUUGAAACUGUUAUUAACUUUGCUGUAGGGGGACUUUUGAAGAGUUGGGAAGAUACUGACUGUUAUUAUUACUGACUGUUACUGUGUCCCCCUAGAGGCUCACUGAAAUUGUUACAAUUGGCUGGGGAAUUUUCCAUUUCUAACCAGCCAGGGAAUUUUCCACUGCAAAACAAGCCUGAUCGUGGGAGUGACCUUGACUCGCAGACAAAGUGUUAUGGAGGAAAAGACAACAAGAUCGGGCAAGGUUAGACUCCAACAGACCAGUGCAGCAUUGCAACAGCGCAGAGCAUCUGCAUCUGGCCCUCCUGUACCACAAGGGGAAGACCCGGCACAAGCGGGGGUAAAAGGUAUGACAUCGGAAGAAGGAUUUACUUCAGUUUUAAGUAAAAUUUAUGAAACUUUAGAUAAAUUAAGUAAACAAGUUACUGAAGUGACAAAUAAAAUUGACCAGAACACUAUAAGCAUUAACAAUUUGGGGCAGAAGGUAAACUCAAAUACAGAAUCUAUUGAAAAAUUGCUGCAAGAAUCUGCAUUAAAUCAAAAGACAGCUGAGGAAGCAAAAGAAAAAGCAGUGGCUGCAGAGGAAAAGAUAAUACCGAUAUGUAAACAGCUUGGAGACCACCAGUCACAGCUUGGGGCCCAUCAGUCACUUUUGUCUAUGAUUGAAUUGAAGGAAAAGCAGACCAAUCUGAGGACUUGAACUUGAGAAAGACAGCCUAAGUGAUUUUCUAACACAGGAAUUUGCAGACUUCUGGAAACUGGAUGAUAAGCAAGACUUUAAGAUAGUAAAUGCUUUCAGACUUGGAAGAGGAGGGAGAAAGAACAGGGUGAGAGACUGUUUGAUCACCCUUCGAUCAAAAGAAGAGAGAGAUAAAAUAUUGAGUCUGCACUACCAGAAUACUUUAAAAAUACAUGAAUCAAGAGUGGAGAUAUUUAAGGAUAUUCCGAAACAUCUUUUGGACCUUAGGUCUAACUACGGAGAUUUGGUGGCCCUGUUGAAAGGUAAUAGAACCAUCUUCAGGUGGGAAUUCCCCAAGGCCUUUCUUUUACCUUUAAAGGUAAAAAGUUUAAAAUAAGAUCAGUGGAGGAUAAAGAAAAAUUUCUGAGAGAUCACGAAGAAGACCUGCAAAAAGGAGUGGAAGAAGAGCCAAGAGCCCUAAGACCAGGAACAUUAGACAAAGUAUCACCACCUUCGGGAUUGGACAAGUUAGAGAAAGUGAUACCACCGUCAGAACAAGAGGAUUUAUUGGGAGCAGUUGGAGGAAAAAUAAAUUAAAUACACCAUGUCUCUGCAACUAUUAAGCUGGAACAUUCAUGGACUCAAUUCCCGGAGAAAAGGAAGAAAGUCUUUUAUUUAUUGAAAAAGGAACAAUUGGACUUGAUUUGCUUACAGGAAACACAUGUGAUAAGGCUACACAGGAAAAUAUUGAUUAAUAAGAGACUGGGCCAAGAGUUUAUUUCAUCGGACAAGGUUAAAAAGCGAGGAGUAGUCAUUUAUGCAAAAGAGAGCCUAUCACCGAAAUUUGUUUUUAAAGAUGACCAAGGAAGAUUUGUAGCAAUUGAAAUUCAAACACAAGGAGAAAAAUUUCUGAUAGUAGGAGUAUAUGCACCGAAUGAGGGGAAUCUGAAUUUUAUAAGAAGUUGCAUGAGAUUUUGCUGGACUAUAUGGACUACAACAUUAUUUUGAUGGGAGAUAUGAAUGGAGUGGUAUCCACAAACAUGGAUAAGUCGCAGAGACAGGUAGUUACUAAAGAUGGUAGACUACCAAAAACUUUUUUUGAAUUGACUGACAAUAUGGAUUUGAUUGACAUUUGGAGAACUAGGAAUCCCUUGGGUAGAGAGGGAACCUUCUUUUCUGAAGCCAAAAGACGUGGACAAGAAUUGACCAAAUCUGGAUAACUAGAGGACUGGCACCUAAGACUCGAAAAGUAGAGAUCUGCCCUAAGACGUGCUCCGACCAUAAUGCCGUGAAAAUGGAGAUGAAAUUAACACCAACCGGUUCCUUCAGAUGGAGGAUGAAUGACACCUUGUUUAGAGAUCAAGAGGUUAUCAAGAAGGCCCAAAAAACUCUGAGAGACUAUUUUGAGAUAAAUUUGAAUACUACCGUGGCAAAAAGAGUAAUCUGGGACGCAAGUAAAGCAGUUAUGAGGGGGUUUCUGAUUCAACAGAAUUCAUUAAAGAAGAGAGCUCAAAAUGAGAAAAAAGAAAAAAAAUUGGAAAAAAUAAAAGAGGGCGAGAAGAAACUGAGAGUGAAGCCAAAUUCACAAGAGAUUCUGAGAGAAAUAAAGCUACAUCAAGUGCAAUAUAUGAAGAUGAUGAAUCAGGAAAUCGAAUGGAAAAUUAAACAAAUGAGACAAAGGACUUUUGAAUCGGCUAAUAAAUGUGGGAAAUUGCUAGCUUGGCAGAUGAAAAAAAGACAAAAGCUUAAUACCAUUGCCAAUUUGGAAGUGGAUGGAAAGAACAUCCAGAAUCCAGUGGAAAUUAGAAAAUGUUUCCAGAGGUAUUUUAAACAGUUAUAUACACAAGGGCCUCAGAAAGAGUUUGAUAUAGACCAAUUUUUGAAAACAAAUGGAUUACAAAAAAUCUCUCAAGAAAAUAAGAUAAUGCUGAACUAUAAAAUUACGGAACAGGAGGUAGAAGGUGCCAUUCAGAACAUGCAGUUGGGAAAAUCUCCAGGGCCGGACGGUUUAACCUCAAAAUACUAUAGAACUUUGAAGGAUUGGAUAAUUCAACCACUAAAGGAGGUUUGCAAUGAAAUUUUGGAGGGAAAAAAGCACCAGAGUCGUGGAAAGAAGCAUAUAUCACACUUAUACUGGAAACUGAGUCUGAAAAGACACAAUUUAAGAACUACCGACCCAUAUCCCUGUUAAAUGUGGAUUACAAAAUAUUUGCUGACAUUUUGGCCAAAAGGCUAAAAAAAGUAUUAGUGGAAGAGAUACACAAGGACCCAAGCCGGCUUUCUUCCAGGCAGACAUUUGUCUGAUAACACGAGGAAUAUAAUUAACAUUUUGGAAAAGUUGCAAGUGGACAUUAACACCAAAGCCGUUUUAAUUUUUGUAGAUGCCGAGAAAGCCUUUGACAAUAUUUCUUGGAGCUUUAUGAAGAAAAAUCUUCAGGGGAUGGGGGUUGGUCAAGGGUUUGAAAAUGGUAUAAGUGCAAUUUAUUCAGAACAAAAGGCUAAACUAAUAGUUAACAAUGUGGUGACAGAGGAAUUCAAGAUAGAGAAAGGGACACAACAAGGCUGCCCAAUUUCCCCAUUGCUUUUUAUUUCGGUCCUGGAGGUCUUGUUAAAUAUGAUUAGAAGGGACCAUCUGAUCAAGGGUAUAAAGGUCGGAGCUAAACAAUACAAAUUGAAAGCUUUUGCAGAUGAUUUAGUACUGACUUUACAGGAGCCAUAAUCUAGUACUAAGAGAGUAUUAGAACUGAUCCAAGAAUUUGGUUAUGUGGCAGGAUUUAAGUUGAACAAGUUAAAAACUAAAGUCCUUGAGAAGAACUUAACAUCGAUUGAGAAAGAGAGGUUUCAGAAUGAGACAGGUUUAACAGUGGUUAAGAAGGUGAAAUAUUUGGGGAUUAAUAUGACAGCUAAAAAUGGGAACUUAUUUAAAGACAUGAAAAAUGUUGGUCGGAAGUGAAAAAGGAUCUAGAAAUUUGGUCAAAUUUGAAGCUUUCCUUGUUGGGUCGAAUUGCUGCUAUAAAGAUGAAUGUAUUGCCAAGAAUGCUGUUUUUGUUUCAAUCACUACAAAUUCUGGACAAAAUGGAUUGUUUCAAGAGGUGGCAGAGAGAUAUUUCUAGAUUUGUCUGGUAGGGCAAGAAGCCCAGAAUAAAACUUAAAAUAUUAACUGAUGCAAAGGAACGAGGGGAAUUUGCCCUGCCAGACUUUAAACUUUAUUAUGAAUCAGCAGCAUUCUGCUGGCUGAAAGAUUGGCUGCUUCUUGAGAACACAGACAUUUUGGAUCUAGAAGGUUUCAAUAAUGUUUUUGGGUGGCAUGCAUACUUAUGGUACGACAAGGUUAAAGCACAUAAAGCAUUUAAAAACCAUAUUGUCAGAAAAGCAUUGUUUAAUGUCUGGACAAGAUAUAAAGACUUACUUGAAAACAAAACCCCAAGGUGGUUGUCACCGAUGGAGGCAAAGGCCCUGAAAAAGCUCAAUAUGGAGGCCAAGUGGCUGAAAUAUUGGGAAAUCUUGGAGCAAGAAGGAGACAAAUUGAAAUUGCAGAGUUUUGAGAAACUAAAAGAUAAAGUGCGAGACUGGCUUCAUUAUUAUCAAAUAAGAGAGGCUUAUAAUUUAGAUAAAAAAUUGGCUUCCAGGUGGAAAAAUCAAAGUUGGAAACAGAACUGUUAGAUCCUAAAACAAAGAUACUUUCAAGAAUGUAUAACUUGCUGUUAAAAUGGAACACUCAGGACGAGACGGUUAAAUCUGCUAUGAUUAAAUGGGCACAGGACGUUGGACAUAACAUUAUGUUUGCUGACUGGGAACAGUUGUGGACCACAGGUAUAAAAUUUACGGCAUGUAAUGCUUUAAGAGAGAAUAUUAUGAAAAUGAUAUACAGGUGGUACAUGACCCCAGUCAAGCUUGCAAAAAUCUAUCACUUGCCCGACAAUAAAUGUUGGAAAUGUAAAGAAACUGAAGGUACAUUCUUUCACCUUUGGUGGACGUGCCCAAGGAUUAAGGCUUUCUGGGAGAUGAUUUAUAAUGAAUAUAAACAGGUAUUUAAAUACACUUUCUUGAACAAACCAGAGGCCUUUCUCCUGGGCAUAGUCGGCCAAUUGGUGCCAAAGAAGGAUAGAACUCUCUUUAUGUAUGCAACAACAGCAGCAAGAAUACUUAUUGCAAAGUAUUGGAAGACACAAGAUUUACCCACCCUGGAAGAGUGGCAGAUGAAGGUGAUGGACUAUAUGGAAUUGGCGGAAAUGACUGGCAGAAUCCGUGACCAGGGAGAAGAGUCGGUGGAAGAAGAUUGGAAGAAAUUUAAAGACUAUUUGCAGAAAUACUGUAAAAUUAAUGAAUGUUAAAAUGAUGUUGGAAUGGAAAUAAGUGGUUUUGGUAAUAAGGUUAAUAAGAAUAUGCAAAUAUAGAUUGUUAUAUGGAUGAAAAUAUAUUGUUAUAAUAGGUUAAGAUAUAGAGUAAAGAUAAAUGAAAGAGGGUAAGGAUUUGCUGAAAGGAUUUUGUAAACGGGAAUACAAAAAGGGGAGGUGUGAGGAGGUCAAGGAAAUAAGUAAAUGAGCCUAAAGAUAUUGAAAAAUGGAUUUUUUCUUUUUAAAAUUUUUUUCCUCUUUUUCUUUUUUAGCCAUCUGUUUUUUUGUAUUUUGUAUUUUCCUUUUUCUCUUUUAGAUCCUUGUUUUUUUUGGUAUUAUCUUAGGUUCUUGUUUUAUUGGUAUUAUCCUUGUUAUCUUUUUUCUUUUUCUGUUUAUGUGUAAUCUUUGGUUUAAUUUUCUUAAUUUUUUUAAACCUAUGUUUAUUGUAAAAUCCUAAUAAAUAUUUUAUAAAAAAAUAAAAAAUAAAGAAGGCCUUCUAGCGCAGUCUCAAAAAAAUAAAUAAAAAUAUAUUGGUGAUGCCCCUGUUAAUCACCGUAGCCUAGUGUGAAUGGAUGAAUAGGGUUGGCAUAGGUAGCAGAGACAAAUUGAUUGUAGCACUACCCAGCAGUGCUUACUGCAGUGGUUCUCAAACUUUUGUUUCUGGGCCACACUUUCAGAAUAAAAAUUUGUUCAUGCCACGGUGAAUAUUUUAUUGAUACGAAAUACAUGGGAAAAUAAAAAGAAACAGCUUCUAGCAGUGAUUUAUAACAUGACUACUCUAUCAUAUGAUCAUGGGGCAUCCAGAAAGUAUAAAACAAUGCAGAUACUUAAGAAUCUUAGAGUUGGAAAGGACCCUGAGGAUCCCCUUCAAUACAGGAACCUCACUCAACAUGUGGUCCCCCAUUACGUUUGAAACCAUAUCAGACUGCUUAGCUUUGCAAAUGUGCUAGCAGUUUCAUUGCUGCACCACUAAGAACAUGAAUCAUUCCCAAAAUAUAAUAUUGAUUGUCCUUGAAUCUUCUCACCACACUUGCUAUCCUCUCCUGCCACACCAGCAUGAUGCUUCACACCCUUUGAGAACCAAUGGCUUAGUGUCUCACCUCUGCUUCUAGCUUUCUGCUGCAGCCAAAGGAGAAUAUGCUUUCUAGACAAGCUCUUGGUCUCCUGAAGUCAAGAAACAAAUGGGUUGAGCUGCUUGUAAAACAACUCAUCUGUAAUAUCUACAAUAAAGAAAGACUGUCUUUUCUGGCAGCGCAUACAGUACUUUUAUUCUAAACAUGGACUUGGUAAAACCAAUGAGGGGAGUGGGCAGUCUAGCAAUUGUCACUAGACAGAAGGGAGAUUGUACCUUUUGUCUUCCAUAAAGAGCACACAACAAGGAGAAGAACAUCCUAGGCUCAGUAUUCAGGGAAUGAGCAGCUGCAAGGACCUUAUUUCCCACCUCAGUUCCAAAAGACCACCUCAAAAGUUUUAUGCUCAUAGGGAUGGAGGGACUGAUAAAACGAUUAAAGAACCAAGGACCUCUGAGUAGUUGCAUCACCUUAAUCUUAGCAAGAACACCAACAGAUUAAUCUAACUUCCAGCUGCCUGUUAAAAGUGUACUCGUUGCUUUCCCACUAUCAAACUGAUAGCUGUCAUAAUUCACUCUUCAGCCUUGUGGGUCUGUUGUUUUAGAUUGCAAGUCUGUUUCAGUUUGAUUUAUGGAUAGCAACUAUUUAAUGGAGGCUCUUUAGAAAUAAUAAUUGGAGAAAGAAUGAAGUAGAGGUCUUUCUUUGGGCAGAGUUUUGUAUAUUCUGGGCUCCAAAAAUCCAAAUAUUUCAUACUUACACUCAAUUAAUGCAUACUAAGAAAAACAGAAUUUAGUUUUGAGUUUUUGUUAAACAUGACUUAAAACAUGAUCCUAAGCAUGUUUCUCCAUUAGUAAAUGCAGGGAAAUGUACCUUGCAAUAUUGCCCUCACAGUGUGUUACACAAGUAUUCAGGUUUCUAUAGGGUUGCAAAACUUUUUUUGGAAACCCAGCCACCUGAGUUGUGCCAUAUGGGUCCCCCUUUCUAUUCUGGGUGUUAAUUUCCUUGCCUUAUUCACAUUUAUAAAUAAAAAAUGGAUGGGUGUACUCUUUAAGAUAUUGGGGACUACUAGAACUUGGUUUCUGAAAAAUGAGAUAGGCAUAGUUCGGUGGAAGAGUACAUACUGUGUGGCAUUUCAAGGUGGGAUUAGGAAAGGCCUGUGUUUGAAACCCUGAAGGGUUGCUAUCAGUGUAGAACAUGGGUAGGCAAACUAAGGCCCGGGGCUGGAUCUGACCUAAUCGACUUCUAAAUCCAGCCCUCAGACAGUCUGGGAAUCAGCAUGUUUUUACAUGAGUAGAAUGUGUCCUUUUAUUUAAAAUGCAUCUCUGGGUUAUUUGUGGGGCAUAGGAAUUUGUUCAUUCCCCCCCCCCCCAAUAUAGUCCGGCCGCCCACAAGGUCUGAGGGACAGUGGACCGGCCCCCUGCUGACAAAGUUUGCUGACCUCUGGUGUAGACAAUACUGUACUAAAUGAACCCAUGGUUUGAUUCACUAUAAGGCAGUUUCUUAUGUUUUUGUGACUUGUAUCACAUGUGCAAAGCUUAGAAAGGCACCAUGUUGGCUACCUCUGGCUUAGGCACAGCAGUAUCUAAGCCAGAGGUAGCCAACAUAAUGCCCUCCAGAUGUUACUGGACUCCUGUUCCUUUCUUGCCUGCCUACCACGAGUAAAAUAAACAAGUUCAUAGUGAAUAUACAGUGGUAUCUCAGUCUAUGAACAGUCCUGUUAAUGAACUAUUCGGGCAACAAACUCCGCAAAACCGGAAGUAGGUGUUCUGGUUAACGAACUUUACCCCGGAAGACAAAUGGAAGCCAAACAGUGGAAGGGCACCGGUGGCAGGAGGAAAGGCACGCCUCGGUUUAAGAAUGCUUUGGUUUAAGAACAGACUUCCGGAACGAAUUAAGUUUGUCGACCGAGAUACCACUGUACUUUGGAUUCUCAUAUUUAUUUUUGUUAAGGUGAUUUCAGUUAAAAGAAUUAAGGUGAUACAGAAAAAAGAAGGAAAAGUGAGAGGGAUUCUAGCCUUAUGUCUGCAUCCUUGAAAUUUAAAUUCAUUGGGCUGGAUCCAGACUAAGUUAGAUGAACUAUGACAAAUAUGUCAGGACUGAUUUGUUCCAUUGAUUUGAAUAGCAGAUAUUCAGUUCAUUUAGUCUGGGUUCCCCUCAUAGUUUUCUUGUCUCAAGACAAUUCUCAUCUCUUUCUUGAGAAGGUAAGCGCUGGAGUAUAUUGAAAUCAAGGCUGAAGGUUGUAUCUAAAGCAGUGCCAGCAGAGAUUUGCUGGUGUAGUGAUAUUUCCAUUUCAUUUUUUUUCUUUGUGUUCCACCGAAAAUAUUCUCCAGAGGGUUCCCUUUGGAGCUGAUUUUGAGGGCACAUGUAGUACAAGUUCUGUUCUGCUACUGCAAGUCUCUUAUGCUAACAGAAUGGAAGCAUUGGAUACCACUCUAUAUUGGCAGAUUUCUUGGAGGAAUUAAUCUGUACUAUAAUCUGUGUAGCUAUCAGCUUGUUGGGCUUCCAAGACUUUAGGAUAAUUCUUUCAAACUAGUUUUUAAAGCCAUAUAUUUACAUCAGAUUAUGAAAUAAUCACUAAGUCAAUCAAAAUAGUAACUGGGUUGCUAAAUCUGAAUGUGUAAUCAAUAGAAGAUGGCUAGCUUUCUGUAGUGAGAGAGCUGCACAUAAAUCCUUACUUCAUGCCUAAUAAAUUAAGUCAGAUUUGUUAAAUGUUAAAUAAAUCUAAUUCUUGCUGCAGUUCUCCUUUCAUAGCAAUUCUAAGGUUGGAGAAAUUUCAGGGUUUUUCAUGUACUGACUUUCCAUAAUGGCGUGUUUAUUUUAUUUCUGUCUGUUGCAAAGGCACAGAAAAUGAAUGCAGUUUAAUUUGCUGCACCAUGAAAUAGUUCUUUGCAGUAUUUAAGAACCUUCUCUGCCUGUUUCCAAUGUUAAGCAUUCUUAUGUUUCUAGGAAUGAGACAUUGCUUUCACUGAGACAUUAUGCUAGUGUUGAAAUUGCCUGUACUGCGGAUUCAGGCCAGUGAAUACAUGUACACAUUUCUAGAGUUGCCUAACAUAUUAGGAACCUAAACUUCAGACUAGAUUUCAUCUUUGUCUUCAGUCUUUACUGUAUUAGUGUUUGCCUUUGUACCAAAUCAGCAUUCAAAAAUACCAGAGAUGGGGAAAUUGUGGCCCACUUUAUGUUGUUAGAUUCUAACUCCAUAGCCCAGGAAUCAUGACCAACGGUCAGGAAUGAUGAAAGUUGUAGUCUAACAGCAUCUGGAUAGUCAGAGGCUUCCCAUACCUGAUACGGAUAUUUUAAAAUGAGUAAUAAAGGAAACUUUCUCCCCCUUUCCACACAGCAUUUCAACAAACUUUUCUUUGAAUACAUGCUCCACUUCUCAACACCAUGGAACGUGUUUCCUGGCAGGUUUGCAACUAGCAGGAGGGUGAGCAAAGAUUUUUUUCUGUAGCAAGGCUGCUGCCCUGCAGCAAAACCUCUUCUCUGCAUCAUACAUACACACUCCUGCUUGUUUCAUGAGUAUGGAAAUCAUUAUUUUAGUAGUCUUUUCCACUAAGCCAGUAAAGAUGUAUGGCCUGUUUGUUUGUUUAUUGCUAUUUUCUCUUAGAUAUUAGAUAAUUGUUGUUUUGUAUAUUUACCGUAUUUUUUGUUCUAUAAGACUCACUUUUUCCCUCCUAAAAAGUAAGGGGAAAUGUGUGUGCGUCUUAUGGAGCGAAUGCAGGCUGCGCAGCUAUCCCAGAAGCCAGAACAGCAAAAAGGAUGGCUGCUUUCACUGUGCAGCGAUCCCUCUUGCUGUUCUGGCUUCUGAGAUUAGGAAUAUUUUUUUUGUUGUUUUCCUCCUCCAAAAACUAGGUGCGUCUUGUGGUCUGGUGCGUCUUAUAGAGCGAAAAAUACGGUACUUCUAUAAGUAACUUUAAGUAUUGCAUGUUGUUGUUGUUAUUAUUAUUAAAUUUAUUAUCUACCCUUCACCAGCAGGUCUCAGGGUGGGUUACAACAGUUUAAAAUUCAGUAUUAAAAACAGUUAAAAUUAAUUACAGUCACAGAAAUAGGGUGGGUUUUGAAAACACCAUCUCAUGUUUCAAAGGCCAGUGUAAAGAUUUGCUAAAAGCUGUAUAGUGAAGGGACCACACACAUCUCAAUUUAGGGACUGCCGCAGAGAAUGCAUUCUUCUGGGCCACCUCGUUUCCAAAUAUCUAGGGUUUGGUAACUACCAAGUGGGCCCUCUCUUCUGAUCUUAACAUCCAAGGUGGUCUGUAGAGAAGGAAGCAGUCUCACAAAUUCAGGGCUUUAAACAGUAACCAAAGAACCUUGAAUUGGGCUUUGAAAUGAACUGCCAGCCAGUGCAGCUGUUUUACAACAAGGGUUAUACGAGUUCUAAAGGUAACCCCAGCCAGUAAUCUGGUCACUGCAAUUUGAAUCAGUUGAAGUUUCAAAGCUGUUUUCAAGGGCAGCCCCAUGUAGCCCCAUUGCAAUAAUCCAGUCUGGAAAUGACCAGAGCAUGGAGUACCAUGACCCAAGGGCUCGUCUGGACUGCCUUUUAUGCUACCUUUCUAGGUACAGGGCCAAGCUUUAAAGCUCCAUGUCCAGGCAGUUUUUGGUUUUAGUUUUUUGUCUCAAUGCUUUCCCCAGGAAAACCAUGUUUUACCAUUGAAUCAGAACAAACAACAUUUUAAAAAAUCUCAUAGUUGCAGUGUAGACUAGUGGAAUUUAAUACAAAUUAAACAAAAAAAUUAAAAGAUAAAUUAGAGUCUCUUGAAAUCACCAGUUAUUUAGCAAGCAUAUGAAGCAAAGAGAAUUAUUUGUUGAUGAAUUAGUAGAUAAGGGAACUGAUAGAUAUUACUAAAUUUUAUACAUUGAAAAGAGUUUAACCUGCUGAUGGUAGUUAAGAGAAUUAUGUAGUUAUGAGAUCAUUUUUUGAGGCAAGGGAACUUCAAAGUAAGUGUGAUUAGUAUGUUCCAUUGAAAACAGUGGGAAUUCUAAGAAAUGUGUGUAGGAUUGACAUGUAUUAGUUGGUGUUAAAAAAUUAUUACAAGUUAUGCUGUUAGGCAAGACCUGGGGAUACAAGUCUAGGACCCCACUCAGCAAAAUUAGAGAUGUAGUAUGUCAGUAACACCAAGGCUCCCUUGGGCCUGGCAUAUCCUGAAGUAUUUGAAAUUAUAGAAACUCAUCUAAAGAGCAGGCUCUUGUGAGUCUAUUUAGUCAAGAGACUAAAAUUACCUAACUAAACCAUGAAUAUAUGCAAUUAAUUGUAUUAUGGCACUCAUUGCCACAGAAUGUGAUUGAAAUGAGGCUCUGGUAAAUUGGCAAGAGGGUUGUUCUCUGGCACAUAAUUGAGUUCUGAAUAUUUCCUCUUGAUAAUAAAAUGUGUGCGUUCUCUACUUUGAAAAAAGAUCAUAAUUCUAUAUCAAGCGUAAUUCUGUGGCCAGAAUGAAUUAAAGAAUUUAAUGUCUUUCUGCUUAUUUUCAAUAACGUAUUCUGUUUCCAACAUUUAUGAGAUGAGGAAGGAGCUUGUAGGACACUGAAGCCCUGUUGCUGCCCCCUGUCAACAGUUUAUGGUAUUUAACCUUGCAACAACUCUACCUCUAGCCUACCAUUAAUAUUUUGUAAGGGCUAGGAAUGGGCUUUUCUAAAAUUUGAACUUGAGAAUCUCAGUAUGCUAGAUUCUCUGUUUAAAUAUAAUCUUCAAGAGCAUAUGUGUUAUAUAUCCUGCUCAGGUAAAAUUAUUUUUCUGUGCUCCUCUAUAAUGAAAUAACAGCAUUCAAGUGAGAAUUUGGCACCUAGCACAAAGUUAGAUGUUUCAUAAAUAACAGCUGGGGCUGAGGACUCUCAUAGUUGGUCAUGGUGCUGAUCAUAUAUGGCAUUACUUAUAUUCUAUAUAAAAUGCAUUGUCUCAAAGCACCCAUUUCUAUGUUUCAGUUCCUGUGUCAAUCACAAUUCUCCACCCAACUGCUUUAAUUAGUUCUUCCCCAACUGAUUGUAUUUGAAUUGUCUUGCAGUAUUGGGAAGAUCUUACUUGUCACCACUGGGUUUUGAUCCUGGCCUCAUUUAAGUGGUUUAAGCAAGAGAUUGGCACUGCAUUGCAACCCUUAUGGGAUGAUAUAGUUAUGCUGAUUAUUUUGUCACCAUUUGAUUUCCCCAGUGUGUUGUGUUUUCUUUAGUACUGUCUUUUGUGAACAGUUCCCACCUUUCAAUUCUAAUUCUUUCUGGUAAGGGAGUGUUAAUGAAGCAUUGAGUCACACAUGUGCUGCUCUGCAGCUGUAUUUAUGCUUGAUCCCCCUCCCCCCUUUGAAACUUUUCACUGGUUCUAUUUCAGUUUGGAGAGCAUAAGUACUGUGUCUUCUGAUCAUUAUGUUGACUCUGGCCUGGCUUUGAUGAAACAAUGCUGUUCGCCACGACACUGAAACACUAUUUUCCAUACCUGCCUGCCUGGGUCGUAAGAUCUUCAGUUGAGACUCUUUUCCUAUGUAUUCACAAACAAGAGAGUAUUUCCUGUUGUAGUAUCCCAGCUUUGGAAUAUCUUCCCCUAAGAGGUAUGACUGGCACCAGUCAAGAAUGUGCAUACAUUCUUUUUGUAUACACAGAAAGCCAAGCAGAAAUCUGUCUCACCUCUGAAUGGAUAUUAAUGGGCAGAGCAAAAGGUUUGUGGGUUGUAUGAUGAAAUAUAUUGAAUUACACUGCUAGGUGGUAUAAAAGCUAUAGCUGCAAAUUAAUACUAAGGGGUUACGUACUAAGUAUGCUUAUUCUGGAAACACUUGACUUUUAGAAUUGGACACUUGAUUUAAAUGGAUUCACCCAUUCAUUUACAGUUUGAUAUGCCCUAAUCCACCAAGCUGUGGGGGCAUUCUCUAAAUUAUAAUGAUAAUUCUUUUGACAAGAAUUAGUUUUGUAUUUCCUGAUCCAUGGAAAUAAUAUGCUUUUGAGGUGGCCAAAACAGGAUUGGUGGAAUUGUUUAUAUAGUUAGAUAAUCUUUGCACAAAGGUUGAAUAGUUGCAGUAUCCCCACGUUUGUAAUCUAAUACAGUUUGAGGUUUCACACUAUGCUUUUGUGAAUUGUAGAGCAAUGGUAUUAUGGUAGUGGGAAAUACUGUAAGACGAGGAUAGUGGGUGGUGAAAUUAUAGUCUUAGUAGGGGCUACUGUUAUGUAAGUCCAGGUCCCUGAAGAAUGUAUGGCAGGAGAGCUCAACAAAUAACAUUGUACCUAAACUUUGCUAGUUCAGCCAUGAAAUACUACAUUGCAGAAGUAUUGCUUUGAAGUCCUAGAUAUUAUCUUUGCUUAAUAACAGUUGCUGCCCUCAGUAUCACUGAGCUCUGAAUUAGUUGUUGCUAAAGUGCAAAUCUUCAUGAUCUAAUUAUGUUUAUGAGCAGACAGAUAGUCCUGCUCAUAUUCUUCUUUCCACACUUCCUUAUACCAGUGUUUUGUAGCAGUGGUUUUGAAACUUAAAACACAUUAUUUAUUUAAUUUAAAAUAAUUUAUAUUUUGCUGUUCCUGGGGAGGUCAGAGCAGCAUACAUUAAAAACAGUAAAACAAUGUUAUAGCCAGUGCCAAAACUCAUGGCCAUUGUACCUUUUCAUUGUAGUUAUUUUCCUGAAUGUUAGCUCCCUUAACUUGACAGAUAACAGUUUCUUCUCUAGCACAAUUCAUAAAUAGCAUUGCAUUCCUUCUGUUUAAUUAAAAAAACAAAACACCUCACCCCUACUUUGCACUGCCCAAGCUGUUCAGCUCUAGGGAUUUUUCAGGCAGUUACUUAAAGAAAUUACAGCAAAAUAUUUCAUACCCUCAAUAGGAUUAUUUCUAAAGUAAAGUGGGGAACUAUGCUUUCUUUCUUAUGCCAUUCAUUAAUAUAAAAAGCAAUAUCUUUAGAAUAUAUUUCUCUGUAAUUAUCCACAUAAGAUCUGCAGCUAAAGUAGUCACUUGCUUAUAAAGGGGUGUUUUGUAAUGGAUUAUUAUUAGUAUCUGGAAUUAGCAGUGAGAGCUUUUUCAACCAUGCUUUCCAUCCAGUACUCCUCAAUUAAAAAAUAAAACACAUGACUGUGACAAUGGGUAGAUUCUUUGGCACCGAGACUGACUGGGAGACUAAGUUGUUCUUAAAACCAAGUAUUCUGAUUUAGCUGGCUGGAAUAUGAGGGGAUAGGGUGUUGUUCAAACUGCUGAAGAGUAAAUGUUGGCUGCAUCCCUACUUAGCAUGUAUCUGCAACCAUGGACGAAGGAAUGUUUAAGUUCUGAAGUGUCUCAGACUUCAGCUAGUGUCAAAAACGUCAGCACUGAAAACUGACAAGCAUAAAAUCUGUUAGCCAGUAGAGAUUGCCUAGAAGGCUAGAUCAUUUGGACAUUGUUCAGCAACCCCAAAGCAGCUUUGGUAGGUAGAGCAAGCAUGCAUGACGAGGGAGCAAGACUGAUGGUAGUAGAGUGCAGUUUCUUUUCUUAACAAGUAUCUGACUCUCUUUGGAGUUUUGAAGAAUUCAUAGUAAAUUAUUGCCAUCUGAAAAUUAACUUGCUAUUUUAUUUGAGGGUAUGGUUGUAAACUCUUAGCAACUCAUUUUAGUUUCUCUUACUAUUUUACUUACUGUCUGAGGUCUUUACCCCCAAAGCCUUGACUUUUAUUUCUAUAUUGCUGAACUGAUCAACAGAGAGCUCCAGUUGUGUGGAGCCCAUGCAGUGUGGAGUGGGAUUGUACCUGCUAUCUCUGACCACUAGGGAUGCCUGAUAGCCACACAUUGAAGAUAAUGUUGGAAAAAGGCCUAUGCACAUACUCCAGUAUGCACAGGGCUGGUAUAUAUUAUGGCUGAACACACACUUUGAUUCUGAGGGGUGGCAAUCAUGUGGAUUGGGCCUGUGAGUACUGGAUUCUGUACUUUCAGCAUUAUUACUAUUUUGAGUCAGAUGGUUGUACAAAUGAGCUGAGACGCCAGUGGACAUUGUGUGGGUUUGACACACUUUUAUGAUUCUUUUUAUUUUUUGUUUUCUGAUAGAAACGAUUAAAGCCAAUUUUGAAUCUAACAGCCACCAGAUUUUUGAAAUUCAUUGUAUAUAUUCAGUAGGGAGAAAUAUUUUGUCUCUCUGAGUUCCAGCAUCAUGUUAAGCAUUUUGGUGGGCAGAUGCCUAGAAUAUUUCAAGCCCUGCACAAGUCCAUGUCUUUGCAUGCAGUCAAGAGUGUGUGCCGUUAGUUGGUGUCUUGGCUAGAAGAGCCAGUUGAGCACUCUUUUUGGUUUUUUGCUUGCUCAUUCCAAGACUUGCCUGCAUUGAGAGAACAUGUUCUGUUCUUGCUAUGUACAUUAGAGAGAAAUCUACAGUUCACAAAUGCUUAAUGCAACAUUUGCACUGCUAAGCCUUGGUCUGUCAAAUUGCUUGUAGGGUAUGUUAAUUUUUCAAAAUUGGGACAGAUUCUUCAGUAGUGAUUUUGAGAUAGAGGGUUCCAAAACAAGUGGUGUUGUAUGCCAGUGAGCAUCUUAUUAUUAAAUAAUAAUCAGCUGAACAUUGGGGAUGUGAAGCUGCAUUUUCCCCUUGUGCCUUGACUUAAAUUUGCUAAACAUUUUACUGAUGUCAUUAUUUGUUUCAGACACCAUAGGGAAAACAAAUUUAGAGUUUUAUGUAGAGUUUUAGGUAUUCUUUUCAUCCAACCGUUUACUGGUUUCGGCUAGAGGACCUGGGACACAAUGUUAAAUGUCUAGGUACCCAACAAGUGACGUGCUUUAUCAGUACUUUUUCUUAUCAGCCAACCUUCAAGUCUGCUGCUGCUGCUGUUGAAUGCCAGGUUGGCUCUGAAUAAGAUAUCCCUCAUCCAUGAUCCAACUGUGGAUGAAGAGCUGAUCUGCUCUGUAUCACUUGAGUCCUGGGUGGGUGAGCAGGGUGGUCUUAUCCAGCUAUUCCCACCUGUGUACAUGGUGCAGCAUCAGGGCAGACUUGAGGGUUGAGGAAGGGGAAGUUACUGUGGUCUAUAGAAAUUCAGUCUCUGCUGGUUUACUGCCAGCAUCACUGCCCAGCAGUCGAGCUUACAGAGCUGUUCUCGAAGGUGGUGUUGAGGACUCAGACUGAUGGUUUUGGGGGACUUCCAUGCUAGGUGGUUGCAGUGACAGCAAAAACCAUAACUGAAUUUCCUUGUCAGAAUCUAAACUUUAGAUCUAUCACCUGUCAUCUUGGUCUAUAAGUUAAUGAAAACAAAACAAAAUACUGUUCCAAAUUAUCUUUAUUGAGUCUCAUCUAGUGAAUAAGAGAGGCAGUUCUGAUCUAUGAUGUUUGCCUUGGAGACUACAACUUCAUUUUUUUCUUGGCAAAGGAUUCUAAGAUUCUAGACUCAUGAUAAACUGAUGUUGAUGAGACAGAAGAUAAUGACACUGACCAAAGCAUCUUUGGGGCACAGGUAGAUUUUUAUGCUGCUAGGCACAAUGGUCUUCUGACAUGGGAUCAAAUUCCAUGUGGCUCUUUCUGCUUUUGAUUCUUGUGACCACAGAGCAAAUGUGCCUGUUGUUUGCAGGGAGGGUCAUGGAGUAUUUCUAAAGUUUAUUCAGAAUCUCCUCCUUUAUUAGUUUGUGUCACAGAUUCCUUGCCACCUCCGUUCUUCAUCCUCAAAUCUUCUUCACCAACUAUCUAUCCUUCAUGUUUGCCCUUCAAGCCAUUGCUUACUCUAUACUUUUCUCCUUGUCCUUUAGCCUCACUAUGUCCCACACAAUAAAAAAAUUCCUUCCAGUAGCACCUUAGAGACCAACUAAGUUUGUUAUUGGUAUGAGCUUUCGUGUGCAUGAACACUUCUUCAGAUACCGCUCAUACCAAUAAAAAACUUAGUUGGUCUCUAAGGUGCUACUGGAAGGAAUUUUUUUAUUUUGUUUCGACUACGGCAGACCAACAUGGCUACCUACCUGUAACUAUGUCCCACACAGUACCUCUUUUCCAUAUGCAACUUACCCUGUAUGUGGCUUUGAAAACUAAUCAGUUUGACAACUUUGCAUUCUCUCUGAAAAGCCAGGCUGCAGUUUUCUUAGUUUCCCUUUUUAAUUUCCCAAAUAUUUCACACCAUUAGCCAAACUGUUCCAAAGGCUUUAGUGCCACAGGCAUAAUACAAUAUACAGUGGUACCUCGGGUUAAGUACUUAAUUUGUUCCAGAGGUCCGUUCUUGACCUGAAACUGUUCUUAACCUGAAGCACCACUUUAGCUAAUGGGGCCUCCUGCUGCUGCCGCGCUGCUGCCACGUGAUGUCUGUUCUCAUCCUGAAGCAAAGUUCUUAACCUGAGGUACUAUUUCUGGAUUAGAGGAGCCUCUAACCUGAAGCGUAUGUAACCUGAAGUGUAUGUAACCCGAGGUACCACUGUAGAUUUUAAAAAAUGCUAAUAAACCAGCAUGUGUUAAAAGAACAGUUCAAGUGUUAUGUUCCUGGCUUCAUAAACCAUAAACUAUGGUUUUGAAGCCAGGAACAAGCAUUGUUCAUGUGGUCUCUUCCCCUUGUUCACGUGUUGACUUGGGGAUCUUCCUUUGUUUUGGAUUACAUGCAGAGUGGGGAACUUUGUUUUAAAGAAACAGGAUAUCUGCUUUAAAACUGGUGCACAGUGGCAGGACUCUCAGUCCUGUUGAAAUUAGAAACUUCAUAAACUGUCUUCCAUGGAUUAUGAAGUUAGGAAUAUUAUGUCUGAACCAGCCCUUUAGUAUAUGUCUUGUUGAGGCAUUAAAAGCAUGUUAAUACAUUGCUUGUUCUGUUAAAACUUUAAGUGAGCUGUAACACCUUAUUGUUACCAGUCCUCAAGGAAAAUUUGUGUGAACAAAUAUGUUUUGACAGAGAAUGCUAAUCUGUGUUAGUAACACAGUGUACUUUUCUAAUAUAGACAGUCCCCCACUGCUGCUGCUUCCCAGCAGCUCUUUUCAGAAUUCUCAUUUGCAACCUGUAUGGCACCAUAGAGAAUUCUCCACAGUAUUUCUGGCAUGGAGCAUCACGGUGCUCCUUUGUAUUUGCUUUUUACUCAUUAAACAUAUUUUAAUCAGGUGGCCUUCCGCAAAUACUGUGGAGCAAGAAUUGACUACAGUUUCCCCACCUAGGCUUAGAAGCCACAUUAUCUUGCAUUAACAACAUAUGUGUCUCUUUUUCCUCUGCUGGUGAGGAAAUGUGCAUGCCUGAAUCCACCAUAGUGGCUCUGGAGACCUGCAGAUAGUACAGGAUUUUUUCCUACAAUAAUCUGGGCACAGUUCCAUGUGAACAGACCACUGUUGUACAUCAUCUGUUCCCUCAGUGUGGGUAACAGAAGAUCACAAUCUGGUCUGUGAAUACUGCAUCCAGAUAAUUUUGAAUCCAAAUUCAUCGCCUGCCACAAUAAUUCAAACUAAAAAUACUGUUAGCAGUGCUAUUAAAUAAUUAAGAGUAAUCAUGCUGCAUUCAUACAAUGAAAUGGUUUCAUAGCCCCACAUCACAGCCUGAUGGCACCUGGUGUAGCUCUGUUUCUAAAGCUAAGUAAAUUGAAGCCAAGCUAGUCCUUGGUUAGAGACUAACUUGGAACCCCAUGUACUCUGCUCUGAACUCAUGUUGGACAUACGCUAAUUGCAUAUGAAUAAAAAUAAAUGUGAAGUACCGUACUUGAAGAACUUUCUGUGGAGUCAGCAGCACCUUGUAGCAUCUGACUCUUCAUACAACUUCCUGUGUGCAUGAUCAGCUUAAGUGUAGAUCUUCUACUCUGUAAUUCACACCAUUUUAGCAGAACGCUAGCAGCUAUGUGUUCUGAAAUUCAGUAUAGGACUUCAAAUUUUCUGAAGUAAUAUUUAUUUCUGUGAUCUGUAAAUGAUUUAGAAAUGCAUAAGGAUUUUUUUUUUGCCACUCUGAACAUGCUUAAUGCACUCAGACUUCUAGGGAUAUUUCCCCUUUUUUAUUUUAAAUAAGUUUUAUAAAGAAGAUACUGGUUGGGCCAGUUACUGGAAAAUAUAUGCUUUGAAUUCUGGGGAAAUAUACUUGUUGCCCUCCAGUGGUUAGUUGAAUAUUAACACAUGUUUGGACAUGGGCAUGCAUACCUUUACCUUCUAAAACUAGUAUGUUAACCCUGAAGCAAGCAUAUUUGCCUUUUUCAGCUCACUUGCAUUUAGCAUGGUGUGGCUGCCUUAUAUGAAGGAUUGUAAACUAAAUAAUUUGUAAAGUUUAAAACAGGUCCAGUCAUUCUAUUUAGUACUCUCUUGGCACAGCAACCUUUCAGGACAUUGCUGAUGAUGGCCUUAGAAGCUGAAUGCAUGUUACUCAUUAACUACUCCAAUAAUUGCAUGAUGUUGAGAGUGUGAGGUGGAAAUUGGCUAAUUGGCAGGAUUAGCACUUCUGCUGAUUUCUGGAAAUCUAAUAGUUAAACUACAUCAGCAGAAUCUGACUGGAAACAGAACUGCUACCUGGUGUGUAAUUGAAGCUUUUUGAAUAUAAAAGUGCAUGCUACAGUGCUGGGAGUUGACCUUCUAUUUUUAUUUGUUACACGAGCACAAUCUGUAAGCAUGUAGCCAACACUAAUAUCUUAGAGUAUCUCUCUUUCCAUGAGUUCUAGAAAAGAUAAGCAUUAUAGUUCCUUGUGUGAGUUAUUUCCCAACAAGGGGGUGGCUACAGGGUCUUGACAUGCAAAUCUGCUCCACUUCUCAGUGGGGAGGAGUUGCGGUGGAUCACGUGGCCACCUACUCCCCACUGGGGGCGGGGGACUUUGUCCCCCGUUGCCUGGGGGAUCCCGGCCAUGUCAGAGCCCGGCCAGCCAAUCCGCUGGCCGGGGUGUGUGUGGUUGGGUCCGUUUAAGCUGAGGUGCAAGCCGGAGGGCUUCCUCUUUGGCUCACUUCCUCAAUCACCCGCCCUUCCUCCCUCCCUAUUUUGCAGGUUUUAGGCACUGGCCUUGCUAUGGACCUUGGUUGGUCGCCGUUAAGGGGCCUGGUAGGAAUUUUUGCACAUGGCAAAUUGGCACUGGCCAUUUGGUUUUUGCCUACCUCGUAGCAAUUGUCACAACUUUGUUAGGGUUGCGGUUAGGCAUUGUAUGACCUUGUGGUGGGGGAGGGGAGGUAUGUCCAUCACCUGCCCCUCCAAGCUUAAGGUAUUCUGUUAAAGGAAUCCGGGGGUGUUGAUCUUGUCCGAAGCCCGGGUCAGGGGCUAGGGCCAUGACACGACCCCAACGGGAACACGAGGGGAAGCUCGAGUUGGUAUGCAUUGACAGGGCUCCCCCUUCCGGUGGUUUACCCUUGCCGGCCUUCCUGCGCAUCGGGCAGGAGUCAGAUAUAGUCGGGUCCAUUCAAUGCCUAAGCCAAUACCGCUCACAUUCUGUAAUCAAUAAAGUUGAGGGGGUGGCUAUGGGGUCUUGACACGCAAGCCCUAUUGUCCCUUCCAUCUUGCUGUUUUAUGAUAAUGGUAUAUAUACUUCAACCUAAUGAUCGUCAUCAAGCUUUUGAGUUAUCCUUUGGCAAACAUUACAAUGGGGAAUCCUGAGAAUGUCACUGCACAGUGGUACCUCGGGUUACAUACGCUGCAGGUUACAUAUGCUUCAGUUUACAGACUCCGCUAACCCAGAAAUAUUACCUCGGGUUAAGAACUUUGCUUCAGGAUGAGAACAGAAAUCGUGCAGCAGCAGCGCAGCGGCAGCAGUAGGCCCCAUUAGCUAAAGUGGUGCUUCAGGUUAAGAACAGUUUCAGGUUAAGAACAGACAUCCAGAACGAAUUAACCCGAGGUACCACUUUACUGCUAUUUCUCAUUGCCCCAGAUCCCAAAGUUGAUCAGCAUGUAAAGCUCAAUUUGCCUCUCUUAGUGCUUUUAGCCUUCCCAGCCUCUUCCAAACAAUGGAAGGUAUCCACUCAAAAUUAUGUUGGCUAGGCCAGAGUUCAGCUAUGUUAGAUUAGUUUUACUACUUUAGGCAUCUCAGUGUAAGCUUUGCUUUUUGGAUGGAUGUCUAAAGUUGUGGGAAUAAUGACUAUUUUACACAAUUAAACUAUUUCCAGGGGUGGGCAACAGUUAUCCUUAUGAGUAGUUUCCACACCUGUGAUGAGAACAAAUGUCAGAGGAUAUUCAACCUCUAGAUGCUGUUCCUGAGAUGGCAGAAUCUGAGAACAGCCUCUUGAUUUACAGUUAAGCACAUCUGUGUGAGAAAUGCUCUCACAAAUGGAUUUAAAAUAACACAGGACUUAAAAGACUUAAGAUGAGAAAAACUCUGUAAGAUAAUGUCAUCUAAUGAGCCCUGCAGACAUAACAUAAUGGAGCCUUAUAAGUCCAGUACAGUGGUGCCUUGCAAGACGAAAUUAAUUCGUUCCGCGAGUUUUUUCGUCUUGCGGUUUUUCGUCUUGCGAAGCACGGUGUCGGAAAAGUUUUGGAAAAGCUUCAAAAAUCACCAAAGUCUUCAAAAAAGGCUACCACACUGCGUGCUAUGAGUUGUUCCUCAAAGUCAAGUCGCAACUGUAUUAACGGUUUUAAGAAAAAGGAAACAAACUUGCAAGACGUUUCCGUCUUGCGAAGCAAGCCCAUAGGGAAAAUCGUCUUGCGAAGCAACUCAAAAAACCAAAAACCCUUUCGUUUUGCGAGUUUUCCGUCUUGCGAGGCAUUGUGGGCCUGACAAGAUGUCUCGGGAAGUGUGCUGUCUCCCCGGGGCUAAGAUCCAAGAUGUAACUGAACGACUGCAAGGAAUCAUAAAACCCACUGACAAAUACCCCUUCCUCUUGGUUCACGUGGGAACCAAUGACACUGCAAGCAAUAGCCUCCAGAAGAUCAAAAGAGACUACGAGGCUCUGGGCAGGAAAUUGAAGCAAUUAAAUGCACAAAUUGUGAUCUCAUCUGUCCUCCCAGUUGAACGACGUGGCCCAGGGAGAGAGGGAAAAUAGUGGAAGUGAACAGCUGGCUUCGCAAAUGGUGUAAACAGGAACGGUUUGGAUUCUUAGAUCACGGACUGCAGUUUCUUGAAGAUGGACUUCUGGCAAGCGAUGGGCUGCACCUCACAACGGUUGGGAGAAAUGUUUUUGCCAAAAUCUCAGAAACCUCAUCAGGAGGGCUUUAAACUGACUAAUGUGGGGAGGGAGAUAGUGCUCCUGAAGGUAGGAGUCUAUCAAUUGAUGAAGAUGAUCAUCCAAAUGUCAUAGACCAAAUGGAGCAAACAGCACACAGACCUAGUGGUGGGAGGAAAAAUCCUUAAAUAAGAGUCACGGGGAAUGAUUAAUGGACUUCAAUGUCUGUACACUAAUGCGCAAAGCAUGGGAAAUAAACAAGAUGAGCUUGAGCUCUUGGUACAGCAAACUAAAUAUGACAUAAUAGGCAUCACUGAAACCUGGUGGGAUAAGUCCCACGAUUGGAAUGUAAUAAUGGGGGGAUACAAUCUAUUUCAGAGAAACAGACCAGACAAGAAAGGAGGAGGAGUGGCGUUAUAUGUCAGGGAUGUGUAUACCUGUGAAGAGAUCCAAGAUUUAGAACCUCAAAGCCAAAGUGAGAGCAUUUGGGUCAAAAUUAAGGGAGAGAAGAAUAACAGUGACCUCAUUGUGGGAGUUUACUAUAGAUCCCCAAGCCAAACGGAGGACAUAGAUGAUGCCUUCCUGGAACAGAUGGCCAAGCAUGCAAAAGGAAGGGAGAUAGUAGUAAUGGGGACUUCAAUUACCCGGAUAUUUGUUGGAUGUCAAACUCAGCCAAGAGCAUAAGGUCAAACAGAUUCCUCACUGGCCUUGCAGACAACUUCAUUGUCCAGAAAGUGGGAGAAGCAACAAGAGGAACAGCCAUUUUAGAUCUGGUCCUAACCAAUGUUGAUGACCUGGUUAGUGGGGUAGAAGUGGAAGGAUCAUUAGGCGCAAGUGAUCAUGCUCUUCUGAAGUUUACUAUACAGCGGAAAGGAGCAGCCAAGCAUACUAGGACUCAAUUUCUUGACUUUAAGAAAGCUGACUUCAUAAAACUUAGGGAAGUGCUGGGUGAGAUCCCAUGGACAGUAAUACUAAAAGGAAAGGGAGUUCAUGAUGGCUGGGAGUUUGUUAAGAGGGAGAUACUAAAAGCACAACGUCAGGCAAUACCAAUGAGACGGAAACAUGGAAGGUGCCUAAAGAAGCCAGGGUGGCUAUCUAAAGAACUUUUAACUGAGUUAAGAUUGAAAAAGGAUGUGUACAAAAAAUGGAAAAGGGGGAAACCACCAAAGAGGAAUUCAAACAAAUAGCCAGCACGUGUAGACACAAAGUCAGAAAAGCUAAAGCACAGAAUGAACUCAGGCUUGCUAGAGAGGUUAAAAGCAACAAAAAAGGCUUUUAUGGGUAUGUCCGUAGCAAAAGGAAGAACAAAGAAACAGUGGGGUCACUCAGAGGAGAAGAUGGUGAAAUGCAAACAGGGGACACAGAAAGGGCUGAACUCCUCAAUGCCUUCUUUGCCUCAGUCUUCUCCGAUAAAGAAAACAAUGCCCGACCUGAAGAAUUUGGAGCAAAUGAUUCAGCAAAGGAAACACAGCCCAGAAUAACUAAGGAGAUAGUACAAGAAUACUUGGCUAGUUUAGAUGUAUUCAAGUCUCCAGGGCCAGAUGAACUGCAUCCAAGAGUAUUAAAAGAACUGGCAGAUGUGAUCUCAGAACCACUGGCAGUCAUCUUUGAGAAUUCCUGGAGAACAGGCGAAGUCCCGGCAGACUGGAGGAGGGCAAAUGUUGUCCCUAUUUUCAAAAAGGGGAAAAGAGAGGACCCAAAUAAUUACCGCCCAGUCAGUCUGACAUCAAUACCAGGGAAGAUUCUGGAGCAGAUCAUUAAGCAAACAGUCUGUGAGCACCUAGAAAGGAAUGCUGUGAUCACCAAUAGUCAGCAUGGAUUUCUGAAAAAUAAGUCAUGUCAGACUAACCUGAUCUCGUUUUUGACAGAAUUACAAGCCUGGUGGAUGAAGGGAACGCAGUGGAUGUAGCCUACCUUGAUUUCAGCAAGGCAUUUGACAAGGUGCCUCAUGAUAUUCUUGUAAAGAAGCUGGUAAAAUGUGGUCUUGACUAUGCUACCACUCAGUGGAUUUGUAACUGGCUGACUGACCGAACCCAAAGGGUGCUCAUCAAUGGUUCCUCUUCAUCCUGGAGAAGAGUGACUAGUGGGGUGCCACAGGGUUCUGUCUUGGGCCCGGUCUUAUUCAACAUCUUUAUCAACGACUUGGGUGAUGGACUCAAGGGCAUCCUGAUCAAAUUUGCAGAUGACACCAAAUUGGGAGGGGUGGCUAACACCCCAGAGGACAGGAUCACACUUCAAAACGACCUUGACAGAUUAGAGAACUGGGCCAAAACAAACAAGAUGAAUUUUAACAGGGAGAAAUGUAAAGUAUUGCACUUGGGCAAAAAAAUGAGAGGCACAAAUACAAGAUGGGGGACACCUGGCUUGAGAGCAGUGCAUGUGAAAAGGAUCUAGGAGUCUUGGUUGACCACAAACUUGACAUGAGCCAACAGUGUGACGCGGCAGCUAAAAAGCCAAUGCAAUUCUGGGCUGCAUCAAUAGGAGUAUAGCAUCUAGAUCAAGGGAAGUAAUAGUGCCACUGUAUUCUGCUCUGGUCAGACCUCACCUGGAGUACUGUGUCCAGUUCUGGGCACCACACUUCAAGAAGGACAUUGACAAACUGGAACGUGUCCAGAGGAGGGCAACCAAAAUGGUCAAAGGCCUGGAAACGAUGCCUUAUGAGGAACGGCUAAGAGAGCUGGGCAUGUUUAGCCUGGAGAAGAGGAGGUUAAGGGGUGAUAUGAUAGCCAUGUUCAAAUAUAUAAAAGGAUGUCACAUAGAGGAGGGAGAAAGGUUGUUUUCUGCUGCUCCAGAGAAGCGGACACGGAGCAAUGGAUCCAAACUACAAGAAAGAAGAUUCCACCUAAACAUUAGGAAGAACUUCCUGACAGUAAGAGCUGUUCGACAGUGGAAUUUGCUGCCAAGGAGUGUGGUGGAGUCUCCUUCUUUGGAGGUCUUUAAGCAGAGGCUUGACAACCAUAUGUCAGGAGUGCUCUGAUGGUGUUUCCUGCUUGGCAGGGGGUUGGACUCGAUGGCCCUUGUGGUCUCUUCCAACUCUAUGAUUCUAUGAUUCUAUGAUUCUAUGAUUCGUCUUGCGAGGUACCACUGUAAUUUACUUCUUCAAAUAUUAACCGUAAGGAAGUUUUAAACCCAACAUUCAAAAAGUUUAUUUAUGUUCCUUGGAGUGAAAUUAGCAUUGUCAUUUUCGCAAAUAACAGAAAGAGCAGAGAAAUGAUUCUUAUGUCAGUUCUGAAGGAUUUCUUUUGAGAUAAGUCCACCUGUUCAUUUGAUAACUGUAACUGUACAAAACCAAAUUCUUAUUUUAACUAGUUUUAAGCUUGCUUUGCUAUUUGUCACUACUGCAUUGCUUGCUGACAACUAGGGUUGUUUUGUUCAAAUUAAUUAGUCUUCUUUUCUUUUUCAUUUCCCAAAAAUAAAUUUUACAGACGUGGUAACUUUUUAUUUUCUUAUUCACCAGUCAUAAUUGUAUCUCACAACAACCCUGAAUGGUAGGUUAGGUUGAGAAAUGGUUACUGGCCCAAGGUUGCCCAGUUAGCUUCAUGCCUGAGUGGGGAUUUGAACCCUGGUCUCCCAGGUCCUAGUCCAGUACCCUGACCACUAUACUACAUUGGCUUUCAAAAUUAGGAAAAGGUUUGCAGCUGAUGGUAGAAGAAUAGUUAAGGAGGUAUAUGGAGAGGUGCAGAGGGGGUUCAGAAGGAAUGGUUUGGGGGUUGCUGCUGCCCCCACUAUCUACCUCUGAGGCAGCUAACUGGUUUUCACUACUUACAUAGUAACAUAUGAAACGGACUUCUACUGAGUCACCAUUGGUUUGUUUAGCUCAGUAUUGGCUAUGUUGGCUGGUAGAGGCUUUCCAGGAUUUCAGACAGGAUUCUCUCCUAGCCCUAACAAGAGAUGUAGGGGAUUGAAUCUGGGACCUUCUGCAUGCAAAGCAUUUGCUCUAUUACUGAUCCAAACGGCUUGACACUGCUUUUUGGUGUCAAGACAUUGACAGUUGGAACAUUUCUGCAUUUUUGUGUGGAUUGUCUGUAUUAUACCUUGAAGAAAACAAAUGUUGUUUAUGAGUGUAUUUAUAGAAAACUAGUUUAAACUCAAAUAUGCAGCUGUGACAUUUGUGAUCUUCUUUAGUGCAGAAUGCUUCUCAAUCCAGACCACUGCAUACGUUGGUUUUCAUCUGUUACUGAUGAUGCACUUAUUAAAUAGCCAAACCAUGUCUAGAUCUGCUUCUGCUCGUGUUUGAGAAAGCACUUUUAUUACAGCAGAAAUAAAUCUUCUUGUACCUUUAAAAACAACAGAUUUAUUGUUACUUCUUAAUUGUAGACCAGAGCCCACUUAAUUAGAGAAAAAGUGUUACUCUUGGCAGGCAGAGAUGAGAUAAGGGCUACAGAAAAAUGGGACAAAAAAGGCCAGGACACAUAAGAGAUACAUAAGAUCCUAUGUCUCUUUUGACUUUUAAUGUAUCUGCUGCACUUACGUAAUGUUAAAAAUAUUAACUCCAUUUAGGAAUGUAGCAGCUAAAUUAGUUUGUGUUGCUAGGAAGCAAACAGCAAAAUCUGUUAUGUAGGUCUCUGAAGAGAAUUAACAAUACACAACAUAAAAAUCAAAUAAAUAGGUGGUUCUUGUCAUAGUCAUAGAAUUCGUUUCCCAGAUAGGGAAGAAAUCCUUUUGCUGCUACAGUUGUUGCUGUUACUAACCUAUCCAGGUGCUUGGAUUUAUUUAUUAAAUUUAUAUCCUGCCCUUCCUCCCAUAGGAUCCCAGGGUAGUUGCAUGAUGCUCAAGACACUGGCGGAGGAAGAGGCUUGCGGGAGGAGUGCACCACCCCCGGCAGCGUGAUCCUGGCGGGGUGCCAUUUCGGCUGCUCCCCUGCCUGUGCUGGGCGCCACACCCCUACGAGCGGUGCGCCACGCCCCUAUGACGUGCACCACUCCCCUACAGGUGGUGUGCCAUGCCCCCGGGACUCGUGCCAGCCCCGCCCCUGCCUUUUCUCCGUCCCCUGGUGCCAGAGCAUGAAGCUCCGCGACUGGCUCAGGAAUGUAAAUUCUGAUUUUGAAGUGGACCUUUGAUGACCUAAUGCAUUAAGAAUAAACACUCAAAGCCUCAUUUGGCUUUGUUCCACUUUUAUGUUUAAGAGCAUAUUGUGCUACCGAGAACAGAAUUAAUUGAACAGAGUACUGUACUUCUGUGCUACUAAGGGAGCCAAACAUCUGCUAAACCUUAAGGGCCAGAGGUAGGAGAAUCUUAUGACUCAUUCAAUCCUCCUUUAGCAGACAAGAAUGUGGCAGGUUGUCGGUCUGUGUUAAAGACAACUCAGAAAAACUCAGACUGGAGAGACUUGGGUCCCAAGGAGUUAAUAUUCUAUAGAUUAUCCCUGCAUUUCCAAACUAGUUUUGGGUUCUGUAGUGGCAGCUCCUGCCUUAUCCAUGUAAAACUUUCUCUCCAUAGUGGCUUUUUGUCAGAUCUUGGAACAAACUCUCUAUGCCAGGGAGAUCAAUUACCAUGACCUCUAGGAAAGUAAGAAUAUUAUAAUCUAAUAGAUAAGAGUGAGGGUUAUCUAAGUGUGUAUUGAACCUCUUGGGUAGUUAAGUGCUUAUAAUAUGUUAUAUACAGAUAAAUGUAGAAUGAGCCUUCUGGAGAAAUUCUUUGGAUGUCAAGGGGUAGGCACAUGUCUCCUGCUGGCUGUAAUACAAAAAAAUAUAUUCAUAUGGUGCAGUUUCCUUAUGUGAAUCUUCUAGUACCUACUGUCCUUUCCCUGGUUGAAAGUUGCGAUAUUGGCAAACGAGGCUUGUGUGUUUUUCUCCUCCACCCCCAAAAGUAAUAAUUGUCUAUUGAUGUUUCCCAAACUUGAUUCUUGGUUGAUAAAACCAAAAUUUCACAUGUGUAAAUGAAAAUAGUCACAGUGCUGAAGGGUCUUCAUAAUUUACAGGCAGCCAAGUUUAACAGAAUAGCAAAAGUAAUACCAUUGAUUUGAUACUGUAGUUUAAGCCUUGCUGUCUGUAUUUUGAAAAAAAUAAAAAUAUGUUCAGCAGUGAUGUGGAUUGUAGUACUCAUUCCCACAGGGUUUUAGAAGUCAAUACUUUGUGACUCUGUAUUGGUUCCAGGAAAUUUCAUUAUGUAUGGUGGACUGAGGCGCACAUGAAUUCCCAAAGCGCAUUGUAGCCUCUGGGCAAUUUGGUAUAAGAGGAGUACCAUUCAAUCUUUCUCUGUGUUCAUAAUAUUGUGAUAACCAUAGACAUCUUGUUCAGCUGCAGUGUUAAUGUCUAAAGGCUUCAGUUUUGCAGUCCUUGAGCAAAAUUCUGCAUUGAUGUCAUGCCUCUGCAGUCCUUCUCUUCUAGACAUUUGUACUGCUGCUACCUGGAUUAUAAUAAAUUCAAGUUUAUGUAACACUGCAUGAUUAACUUGGUUGAUAUAAGCUCCUGAAAUUUGUAUUUAUUUUUUAAAAUGCAGACUCACAUGAAUACUGGCAAGGGAUGAGAAAUCAUGUUUCAUUAUACCUCCAAUGCCUCUUAGGCUUUUUUACCUUUUAUUACAAGUACAGUGGUACCUCCAGUUAUGAACUUAAUUCGUUCUAGAGGUCUGUUCUUAACCCGAAACCAUUCUUAACCUGAGGUGUGCUUUUGCUAAUGGGGACUCCCGCUGCCGCCGUGCUGCCAACAUGUGACUUCUGCUUGCAUCCUGGGGCAAAAUUCGCUACCAGGAGACCUACUUCCGGGUUAGUGGAGCUCGUUAUCUGAAGCAUUCAUAAGGAGGACGGUAUGAAACCCAAGGUUCCACUGUAUGGGGAAUGUUUCAUCCUCCAGAUAUUGCUGAACUACAACAGUCACCAUCCCUGGCCAUUGGCCAUGAUUGCUGGGGCUGAUGGGAGUUGUAGUGCAGUAACAUCUGGAGGGCCAAAGGUUCCUCACACUUGCUUCAUUAAGAUGAUUUGGGGUUCUUUGCAAACAUGAGGAAACAAAAACAUCUGGAAACAAAAACUUGUUAUCGUAUAGAACAAGGACCCAGAAUUUAAAGAAAUAGAUUUAUCCUUGUAUUGCAGAACCAGUGCUGCUAAUGCUGCUGUUCUACAACUGUACACUGGAUAGGCCAUUUUUUUAACUGGUUGUUGACCGUUGACCGUUUGGAAAGUACGGUAAAAAGUGCUGCAUAAGGGACUUUGACACAUGUCAAUUAUUGUGAUGCCAGAUUAUUGACGUGGGGUUUCCCAGCUAUCUAUUGAAGGUGGCCUGCAGGGGUAGGGAGGAGAUAAGCAUCUGGUCUGCCAGGGCAAAAAAGAUCCCCGCCUUUGCACAGUGUCCUAAAACAGCAGGUUCCAUCUGGCCCUUCUAUUCUUCCCUCUGAUGGGUCAGGAUUUGGACUUAGAAACCAUUAGAAACCUUGUAGAGGAACAGCUAGGUAUAAAGAGACAAAUGGGGGAUUUGGAAGGAAUGCUGCUGCAGACAACCUUAGGGGUAAGUUUGAUGAUGAAAAUAAUGCUAUAAAUUGCUAUACUGAUCUGCUUGUAUGGCUGAAUGGUCUGUUUCCUGAAAUGGAGCUGACAGAAAGUGAUAUUGACGGAGCUCACCAAACCCUUUACCCUAAGCCCAGGGCAGCAGACAGACCCGGAGAUGACAUUAUAAAAUUUCAGAGAUGCUGUAAAAGACUUGUUUUAUUACAUAUGCUGCAAAAAAGGACAAUGCUUUCAAUCUCCCAACUGUAGUUGAGUACUUUUGGUUGACAGAGAAUAAAGGGGGGGGGGGUGGCAGAGAGAAAAGGUGACCCUACCUACUUUGGGCUUAAGCCCCACCCACUGUCUGUAUGCAACUCCCGACAGAUUAUCCCCCAGGGAAUGCAGAUCUCAACAGAAAAAAGGUUGCCUACCCCUGAGCUAGGGGGAGCCAAGGUUCUGGAUUUUGAAAUGAUUCAAGUAAUAUAUUUGCAAUAUUUAGGAUUCCUGCAUUCUUCUUAAUCACACAAAUGGGAUCUGUAUGUAUUUGCCUGUGCAAACUUUUUCCAGAAUGUUCCAGUGCUCUAGAUAGGGAGCUGUCACUCCUGCUCAGGAGGACAGUUUCAGCUCUUUGUGCAUUCCUUGUGGCUGGUGCCCACUUCCAUGUGCAUCACAACAGGCUGACAGAGGGCAGGGUGUUUGACCCACACAGCUCUGUCUUCCCACCAUCUCCCUACCACUCCCCAUCCUCCAGCAUCCGCAGCCUGAAGCGGUAGUCUCACUCUGUCUAAUGAUAGACCCUGACUGAUGGUCCAUUCUGCUCACAUCCGUAAAGCACUAUUGUCCUUGGUUAUGUGUGCCAGAUCAAACACUGCCUUUGACAGUGUUCUUUAUACACUUUCCUCAUAGGUACAUUCCUUCUUGUGUUUUAGCCCCCUAGGCGCUCUUACAUGAGACUGCAAAGACCCAAGAUGAAAGUCAAGAUGCUGAGAGUCAAAAUGCUUUUCCUAAGAGGGUGGGUGGGCAGGAGCACCAUCUUCUUAGUUAAAGUGCUAGAAGGUUCCAUGGAUGGCUCUGCACAUGUUCUGAUCCUGUAUAUGUGGCAGCACUAAUGACCUUUAACCCCAGUUAAAGGUAAGCAACUUGUUUUCUUCCUCCGGGGUCUUUGGGUUUUCAGACCUGUGGUGAGACAGAUGUUCAGCCCAUUUUCCUAUUUCCCAACUUCUUUGGUGGCCAAAAUUAAGCUCUAUAAUUGAGGACGUCCCAGCUGAGUAAGCCAGCAGGGAAGCUGUUAACUUGAAUAUGACUUAAUUAGUGUUGGUUUAAGAGACCCCAAGUGGGAUUUCUUUUAAAUGCAUGCCCAGGAGGACUAAAGCUCAGUCAGAGCCAGUCAGAACUCGCUUUGGAGGCAAUUUCAUAAUUGCCUGCCAGUGUAUGAGCUUAGCCAUGAAAUACUAAUUGAUUCUCUGACAUUGCAUCUAAACGGCCUUGCUAUUGUGCUGACUACUUUUCUUGUCUGAAAUAAGUGGAUAGUGAAAGUAACCAUUAACAAGCUUUUUAAACUGGUGGGAAAGCAGAAGCUUGUCUGAUUAAUUCCUGGAGCUUUGAAUCUUGAAUGAUUGGACCUUAUCUUCUAGUGGAAAUAAAAAAGUAAAAUCUAGGAAAGCAUGUGAACAGAAUCUAUGUAAUCUUCAUCCAGGAAGCUCAACACUAACAAAUUGUGCAUACGUGCAAAUGAUGCCAGCUUGGUUCCUUUUAUGAGAGUAUUUAUUCUUAAAUUCUAUUUUGUGGCAAAAAGAAACACUGCUAUGGGCAGGUGACUUUGAAACUGGUUUUGAAAGUGAUGGGUAGAGAUGAAGAUAAAUGCAUAAGGGACUUUUCACUGGAAGCUACUGGAGGACAACAAAAUGCAUAUAGUAUUGCUGGGCAUGUACUGAACAUGACCUCUGAAUGCUAGUUGCUGGGAAUCACAAGUGGGUAGAGUGCUGGUGUGCUUAGGCUCUUCUUUGGGGCCUCCCAUAGGCAUCUGGUGGCCAUGGUGAGAACAGGACGUCAUUGCAGAAGCCACAGUUUAGCCAGAGUAUCCUCCCCUCCUUUAAAGAUUGGACCUCUUUAAUUGAAGAGGGACAUUUUUGUAAAGCAAAGCUUGUGAUUGUGACAGAACUGCUACCCUUAAGCAGCAUUAGAGCUUUGCUCUCCUAUAGCAUUUUAGCCAUGCCACUUUAGCCUUGCCUGGUCAGUGUUCACAUCAGGACAGAGGGGAGAUGAUGAUCAGACAGAUGGAAUUCCCCUCAGAGAGGUCAGAAAUACAGCAAUUCUUGACAAUUUGCCUGUACACACAAAUGCUCAAAGUGUUUAUGAGGACAACAGUGCACUUGCAAGCUCCACCCUCAGUGUCCCCAUGUGCUUAAUCUUCCUUGUGUUCCAUGCCUUAAAUAUCUUGGGACCCAGGAUACUUGAAGGAGUGUUUCUCUCCCUUUUGGCCUGCAGAAUUGAAACAAUCCACUGAUGAGGCGCUCCUGGUUGUGUGGCUGGCUAUGGAAGCAUGGUUUGUAGCCACUAGAAAGAAGGCUUUUUCUGUGACAAUGCCUGUAGUAUGGAACCACCUUCUCCCUGAGUUUAGGUGAGCACCUGCAUUAAUGAUGUUUGGGCACCUUUUAAAAACACAUUUCUGCUUGCAGAUCUUCACUGGUGCUUGAUUUUUGUGUAUUAUAAUUUUAAUUCUGCCUUAGUUUUUCAGCUGCAUUUUCUUCCUGUAUUUUAAAGUACUGGCAUGUAUUUAAAUACUGUUGAACACACCACCUUCGAACUUGACAUGGGAGGUGGUAUAGAACUGUAAUGGGAGCAAAUUGUGCAAAUGGAUUGAUUUUCAUGAAUUUCCUUAAUUCCUAUGCUUUGCUUUGGUUGCAAUAUUAGGUUUUCGGAUUUUUAGUUUACGGUCAUAUUGUACUAGUGGAGAGAGAAGCAGUAUGGACUGGCAAGCACUGCUGAAGCAUCUAGUGGAAAGAGGUGUCUCUAAGACAGCUGGGGAUAUCUCAACUUCUUGCAUUGCUUGCCUACAUUUUAAAGCAGAUUAUGAGGGGUUGUAUAGGGACUUUCACACAUUCCUCCCUUUCCAAACCCUUCCCCAGUUAUAUGCAUAUGUUCCCAUUUGUAGCCACAGGAAAAUGUAGUUGGGGUGGAUCUGCUGUUUUGCCAAAGAGUUGUCUUUAAAAUCUACAAUAGAGUGGGAUGCCUGCUACAAUGAAAAAAUCCUGUAUAUAGGCAUGCAGAUUGUCUUCUGGAAUGCCCAUGUAAUCCCUUCCUGAAGGUCUCCAUCUCUAAAAUUUCAAUGUGCCUGCUUAUUUUUGCCUCUUGAUGUUUUGUCACAUGCUAACUGCUAGUAUCCAGCUGGCAGGGCUUUUCCUUCUAGUCUGAGAAGCCUGCUGGCACACUUAGAUAGACAUUUAUGUUAAUUGACAGCAUAGAGACACAUUUCCCUGUCUUUCAAUGCAGCUGGGACAUGUCCCUUCUUUACUUGUUUUAGUUCUGGGGAAGGCCUGUAGAGAUAGAUUCUGUGUCUUUCGCUUUCUAUGACACCUUUAUUAUACCUGAAAGUUACACGUGAACCAUUUCUGGUGCAAUUUCAUGACAGUCUCGGUGGUUGAUAAAACAGGCUAUGUUUGGCCUUUUCAGCCUAUUUGAAAAUCAGUGUCCUGGUCUGUCUGGCUAAAAUAUGCCAGCACUUGUUUAAAAAGUCAUGUAAUUGGCACGGCAUGGUUGAUGGGUUAAGUUAGAAAUAAAAGAUGGAAUUCAGUGCUGUGUUAUGACAAAUGUUCUGUCUGUGUGUGAGAGUAUUGUGGAAGAUGAUCCCUCUCUCCCCAAUGUGCUGUUCUCAGGAUUCUCCUUUGCCCCCCUGCCAAUUCUGAGAGGGGUGUAGGAGGAGGAGAGUAAGGUGAGGAGAGUAAGGUAAAACCCCAUUGCACAAGCAAAAGUUCUUGUGCAGAAUUACCAUUGACAGCGCAUUAGAUGAAUGCCACCCAAUACGUAUAGCCUGCCUUAGAACAGGAAUUUGAGUGAGAUAUUAUCUGCAUGUUUUUAUAAUGAUGCUUUUUGAAUUUUGAGCUCUUUGUUUGGUUUCUCUGGUUUGCUUUGGCAUUUUGUGAGUUCCAUGGAAAAUAGGUUCAUAUUUUGAGGCUGAGUAGCUGCUAAAUUGUUGCAGUCAUUGCAGACCAAUGUGUUCUAUUGAUACAGAAAGAGGCAGCUGGUGGCAAAUGCUCUUACUAAUGCUGGCUUUUUCAUUUUCCAAAUAGAAUGGGCGGCCGGACCCCUCCUUCUCAAGAACAGUUUUCUUGUCUGUGAUCUAGAGGUGAAAUCACUCCCCACUGUGACUUGGGUGCUAAGGCAGGGGGGCGUGAUGAAGAGCAAGGCAUAAUUAUUUGUCUCAUCAAAGCUUUAGUGUGUUAUAGCAUAGACUUCGGCAGUGCUGCUCAGUGCUGGUGACUCUGAAUAAAUUAGCACUUGUUGUCAUGAUCUCAGUAAUGCAGAGGAAGAAUUGUGUGUUGAGAAAGCAGUGACUGCUUUAGCUGCAGAGCUGCUCCAUUUCCACAGUGAUACUGAUAAUUACUCACUGAUAUAUUGGCACUUGCAUGACACUGGGAGCUCCUUCUGCUUUGAUGUCUGAAAGGUGAAUGGUAAAUAAGUGCUGGCACCACUUCUCGUUUCUGAAAUAAGGAAGGCUUGCCCCCUUUUAAAGCUGUGCAUUUGCUUUGUAGUUUCUGAGCUGCUGCUUGUGGAUUCCUAUCCAGAAUCCAUGGUAGAAUGUUGAGUUUUGAUUAGAACAUUGAUCUUUCCUUUGGCUGGAGUAGCCACAAAAGCAGCAGCUUGGAUUCUGCAGCAUCCUAUCAUUUAUCAGUGGUCCUUGAUAGUUCUGACAUUAUUUAAUCAAUAAUUCUUUGAAACUGCGUAGUCUUCAGCUUGGAAGCUUGCUUGUAAAUGAUUUUUUAUAUUUAACCCUCACUCAUUACCAAGUGGUACUUCCACUUUUCAUUGGUUCACCCCAAUACGGAAUACUUUCUCAGGCUUGCAAGUCAAAAGAGACAAAAUGUUUAGCUUGACUGCUGAAGCAUUGUUUAGACCAGAGACACACACAAUGUAAAUAUUUAUUGUAACCCUAUAAGAGCCAUAUUGCCAGUGGUGGGUUUAUAGGUAUGUGUAGAAUUAGACCUCCCUAUAGCUGAUGGCCACCCAAAGUUACCAGUAUUUGUAGACUGUACAUUGUUAACUGAGACUGUUAACAUUUGAAACAUAAACCUUUGAACCAUCAAUUGCCAUUGUUGAAUUCUGCUAUUUCAGUUUAUUUCAUUGCUUCCACUCUUUAUUUGUACUACUUCCUGAUUUAAGUGCAUUGCAGGGGGUUGGACUAGAUGACCCUGGGGUACCUUCCAACUCUACAACUUUAUGAUUCUAAAGUUUGUGGAGGCUUGUUAAUUAGGACAGGGGUUGCCAACCCAAUUCCUUCAUUGGCCUUAAUUGGUGCCCCAAAAUGGGGCACCAGGCUCUGAGCUUUCUUUUUUCUAAAUAUAAGUUUCUAGUCCUUCUAGAAAGAAAUAAUGAAGUAUAAUGUGCUGUUUUUGUUAAAUGAGCCAGACUGGCAGCUCCUGCCUGUCAGUGUUUUUAGCCAAUGAGUGAAGUCAGAGUUGGGACUGGGAAGUGCUUUGUUUACCUGUUGUUGGAAUAUUGCCAGAGAAUGCUGUAUCUUAAUGACUCUAUCUUAAAUUAGACAACAGUAUAUGCUUUGCUGUCUGGUGAAACUGUUUCUCCUAUUCCUAUUUCUAUAGCUUGGGAAGUAAGUGGUUGUUUUUAUCACUGGAGAGAUUUUUUACUUGAACUACAAUUCAAAUCCCCAGUCUUUUGCACUUGUGGUGGAGGAUGGGGCAGAGGGCUCAUUUCACCCAGCCCAAAAGACAGCUGGCAUAAGUUUCCCUGCCUUCCACCCUGGCUGGCAUGAGCAGCAGAACUGUGGAUGUGGUGGCGGCUGCACCACACUGCCAUGUCCAUCAGCCAUCUGGCAGGGGCUAGGAUUGGUCUUUUUUUAGUCCCUUUUUAUCAUUUGCAGAAAGCUGAUUUUAAAAAACAACAUGUGUAUCACAUUUUACUCUAGUCAGUUGUUUUAAGUGCAUAUAUAAAUAAACAUUUAUAACACCAGUGGUAUAUACAGUGCUGUAUUUUUGGAAUUACUUGGCUAUGGAACAACUGUUAUGAUUAUUCUCUUUGUUUUCUUUACGAAAUAGUAUUUCUACAAGAUUGCUCGAAGCAUAUGGCUUUCUGAAAAAGCAACUGAAAGAUAUAGUUUCCUUUUUCUGAUGUGUCACUGCAUUAUGUUUUAAUUGAGCAUAUGAAUGUGAGCUUUGCUGAAGUAUUCAAAGUGCGCUGGAUAUAAAAUAAGUUUGUUCUGGGUAUAAGCUUUCAUGUGCAUGUUCGAAAGCACGUCAAGUGCAAGUAGAUAAAUAGGGAAGGUAUACGUCGUUUCCGUGCACUGCUCUGGUUCGCCAGAAAUGGCGUAAUCAUGCUGGCCACCUUACCUGGAAGCUGUCUGCGGACAAAUGCCGGCUCCCUCGGCCUAUAGAGUGAGAUGAGCGUACAACGCCAGAGUCGUCCACGACUGGACCUAACGGUCAGGGGUACCUUUACCUAAGGUGCUACUGGACAAUUUUUUUAUUUAUUUUGACUGCGUCGGACCAACACAGCUACCUACCUGAAUCUGGAUGUAAAAUAGUUUGAGCUCUUCUUUGCUUCCUCCUUUGGCGCAGUACAACUGAGCCCCUCAGCUCUUUCCAUUGCUGCUUAUGUCAUCCUGAGCAGUUACUCAUACUUUUAGGAAAAGUGACAGCUCAACUGAGAAGAACCCUCCAGUGUAGAAUUAUCUUCACAUGUGAGCACACACUUUCCCAUGGGGUCUAGGUAAAAAUUGGAUCCAGUAACCUGUUUCCUUGUGACUCCUCUAUAUCAGAGAGAUGGGACAUAAUAUGCUAGCUGAUUACUUGUUGAUUUACACAUUUAAAAAACUCAGCUGGCCUUUCUCCCCUAUAGAAAAUUAUGGUACAGGAUUAUUGGCCAGAGAAGGAUCUUCUUUCACUAACUGUCAUUUCAGUAUCUUAUACAGAAGAAAUUAUUUCUAGAGUCUCUCCUAUUUUGCAGGUUAGGGUGGAGAGAAUACAGUGGUGCCUCGCAAGACGAAUGCCUCACAAGACGAAAAAUGCAAAACGAAAGAGUUUUCCGUUUUUUGAGUCGUUCCGCAAGACGAAUUUCCCUAUGGGCUUGCUUCGCAAGACGAAACGUUUGUUUGUUUCCUUUUUCUUAAAGCCGCUAAGCCGCUAAUAGCCGCUAAGCCGCUAAUAGCCGUGCUUCGCAAGACGAAAAAACUGCAAGACAAAGAGACUCACGGAACGGAUUAAUUUCGUCUUGCGAGGCACCACUGUAUUCACAUUGAAGGUUCUGAAGGUGCUAGCACUUUACACAGUAUUUCCCUCCCUGUGGAACACCCUCUAAUUGGAUGUCAAGGAGAUAAAGAACUAUCUGACUUUUAGAAGACAUCUGAAGGAAGCCCUGUAUAGGGAAGAUUUUAAUGUUUGACAUUUUAUGUUUUUAUAUGUAUUGGAAGCCACCUAGAGUAUCUGAAGAAGUGUGCAUGCACACGAAAGCUCAUACCAAUAACUAACUUAGUUGGUCUCUAAGGUGCAACUGGAAGGAAUUAUUUUAUUUUAUUUAUUUUAUUUUGUUUCGACUACGGCAGACCAGCACGGCUACCUACCUGUAACCAGCCAGAUGGGCAGGGUAUAAAUAAAGUAUUUCUUUCAUUUCUUUAUCAUUAUUAUUUGCACAAACCCACUAAAAUCAAUGGUAUCAUAAAGAUCUUACUGAAAACCAGGCAAUUGUGUGAAUGGCUUUAAAAAAGUAAAUGGUAUGUGUUGGAAUUCACCAUUAUUAUUUUUCUAGGCAUUUCAGAUUUCUGCCGUGGGGAGUGCAGAAAGUCUAAAGGGAUCAAAAGUUGGACCAAUUAUGUGGAUCUAGGGCAGUAGAGAUGCAGAAUGUUAGGAGGUGUGGUGAAAACAAGUAAACAAAAAGGGGAAAAAGAGAAGAAAAUUACCUGCUUUACUUCCUAACCAGGUAUUCUGGAGUUAAAGUGAGGUCUGCUCUGUCCUAAACAUCCAAGAAUGCAAGCUAGCUCUAGUUUCUAUUCCAGGACAAGAUGAGAAGUCUUGAGGUUUGCAUUCUUGGUCUGCUGCUGUCAUAAUUAUUUAUUCUGAAUGUGUGAUGCAAAGAGAACAAAAUGAAAUCAGUUUCUAUAUUUCAGCCUCUUUGUGGUUACAAAUUGUACAGCUCAUAGCUGAAAUGCAUUUCAUGUCAUUGGAGAAAUGGCUUGAAUCUGAACCAUUGUAUCCAAGGAAGAGUUAAAACUGAAAAUAUUAUUGAUCAAUACUUAUAACCCCAUUCUUUUUUGUCACAAAUAAUGUGCACUGUCUUAAUAAGUGAAACACCCCAUCUUCAUUGUGUCAAAUUUCAAACAUUUGAAUUGUUAAGGUGCCUUGAUAAUUAUUUGAUUGAAAGGCAUGGUAACAAAUAAUACUGUAUUUACAGCAUCCUUCUUGGUGGAAUGGCAUAUACAUGGAGGUUACAAGAAUAUUGGGGGUAGUACCCUGACUUGGGAACACCCUUUCUCAAGAGGUAUGCCUGGCAGCAGUUUUACUGGCAUUUUGGUGCCUGGAUAAAACUCACCUGUUCAUCCGGGUAUUCAUUAGUGGACUGGUGAUGACUGCAUAUUAUUUUUGGGGGGUUUUUUUUGCUUAUUGUAGGCCAUUUAUGUGUGGCUUUCUGUGAACAGGGAAAGUUAUCAAACUUGUCAUUGCGUCCAUGUUGGCUACCCCAGCUUUAGUAGUUAAGGCAUGGCUCACUCAUUCAAGAGUGAAACACGGUCAAGGUUUAAGAGGCAGGCAGCAUGGUUCAUGAAAAUGUUCCUGUUAUAACUAAUGAUCAGGAAAGCAUACUCUGUGAAAUUAAGGGUUGUAUCCUUCACAACAACAGUGUUUGUAGAAUAACUUCUGCUCACAUGGUGGAAUUUCCCCUCAAUCUCCCCACCCCCACUCCCACCCCCCACAAAAAUCUCCCAAACCUACUCUGGUGGUACUGGAACAGAUUCAGGUCCCCUCUUGCCAUUGUUUGCCAGGCAGCGGAAACUUUUAUUCCAGAAGACUUUUGUUUUGCCAGGCGCUAGUUUAUUUGCUGAGCCUGUCCCUGGUUUCCUUUAUACUCAUAUGUGUAUUGUGUGUGUUUGUUAGAUUAUUGUUUUAAGGAUAGUAAAUCAUCCUGAGUAAAGAUUUUGCAUUAUAAUAGUGAGAUACAAAUCUCUCUAAGAUACAAAUAUUGCUUCCUUUCCUCGUCAAUACUUUCUCUCCAUCAGCAGAAAAGUAUGUCAUUGAAGCAUACUGACUUUAGUCUCUGGAAGAAAUGACACAAAAAUGCUGUGUCAGUGAUGGUGCUAUCUCCAACAUUCUGCUAUGUCAAAUAUGAAGACCACAAUAACUUGAGCUGAUCAGGGUCUUCAUGCAGCUCUAGCAUUCAGUAGCAUCCUCUUCAGUAAAGCUUGGCAUUUGAAUCUAUAUUUACAUACUAAUAAAUUGCAGACUUUUUUCUUUCUUUCUGAGAAUGUAUAUUGUCUUCUGCUGGUGGCAUCUAGUACCCUCUUUCCGGGCAAAGUGGUGCUGAAAAGCCUCUUCCCAGAAAUGCUUGACAUUUAUCUUCUUGUAACAGAAGCAGAACUGUGUUCAGCUUGAAUGACUCUAACAAUGUGAUAAAUUUUCCCCUUGAGUGUAUUUUUCAUCAAAUUUAUGGCUAGAUUCUCCUUGCAACUCCUUCCUUUUUGUGUGGAUAAUAAUUCCUUAAAAGAUAACUGAUUUCUUAGCUUGUUACUGAUUUUAGUUUGAUGCUAAAAGAAUUCAUUGCACUUGUGUAACAGUGCCUGAAGUUGCUAGCGCAGGAAUUACUAAAUCAUAGAAUUGGAAAGGACAAAAGUCUGCUUAGUCCACAGGCAUGUGUGUGUCUACAUAUGUGGGUAUAUGAGCACCUGCACACAGCAGAAGCACCACAUACCUGAGUCUGUGUUUGGGGCAUAUGGUUGAGUUGUGUUAUCUGCACUGGUUACUGAUGUGUUUCUGUGCUGGUUAUUCUCUUUAAAGCCCCAUACAGUUUAGGAAGAGGAUAUCUAAAAGUCUCCUAACAUGAAUCUGCCCACUCUCUUAUAAUCUGGAGGGUCCCUAUUGCUAAUAGUUAUGACUCAUCUAGCAGGAAUGUGAAAUAAUGCUUUCUCAGUUCCUUCCUUUGUAGAGCUGGCUGAUAGAGUUUCUAUUAAGCCAUAAAUAUGGCAUAGAAAUGCUUUAAACAAAUUAUUAUACCUUUAUUCCUUCAUUUCCCCAGAAUGGCAGGGUAUAAAUACAAAAUUGUUGUUGUUGUUGUUGUUGUUGUUGUUGUUACUAUUAUCAUUAUUAUCUCUGUCCUCCCUGUUUUUGCAUAUUUCUGGUUCUUUCUCCUUUUAAAAAAAGCUUUACAUUUUCUUUUGUUUAAAUCAGUUUCAUGUCCAUUCAUUAGCUAGUCCUUGUACCUGCGGUGCAUUAUAUAUCAAAGCAUGAUCAUCUGCAUCUCAUUGAUUCUUACAAUAACAUUUUAAUUGAUAUAGUGUAUCUUGACUUUAUUAUUUUUACCCCUCCACUUUUUUUCUUUUCUGUUUAUUUGAAUUAAGCUUUGUGGCAGGUCCUUGUAUUUUUAUUCAGCUUGUAUCAUACCUACUUACUAUAAGUGCUCAAUAAAUAAUAAACAUUACUGCUUUUUUAUUGUACCUGUUAUCUGGUCAUGCAGAAAGGCCAAUAACUAAGAUAGCAAAUAGAAAUAAUGUAUACAAUAUUCUUCUUUGGAAAUGUGGUGGAAUGAUGCUAGUGAACGUGAUACUUAACUCUAAGACACAACCUUAUAAAAAUGGGCUGAGGAAAUGGAACCUCAAACAAGAUAAAAACAAUUGAAAUGAGGGGAAGUGGUUCAUGGCAUCUAGAAUCUAUACAUAGAAAUAUCAUGUCUAAAUUAAGGGUGGUAACAAGAAACAGAUGGUAAACAAGUUAAUUGAAACCUGUGGUGCAGAGCUUGCUGUAAAAACACCCUCUUUUGGAUUAUCUCAUGGAAAUAAAAAAGGCAAUAUACUAAUCUAAGUUCUUGAGAGGAAAAAAAUUGCAAAGCAAUAGAUGGACACUUUUCUAAUGAAUCAAUGUUCUUUCUCCACAGAUUCUAGAUCAAGAGCGAAGUACGACAGGUAUUUGGCAAAGGCAUAACCUUGCUUGGAGAGUGAUCAGUCUGCUCUGA